UCGGGAAGUUCGAUCUGGAGUCGCUCCGUUGGGGAGAAAUUAUGCCCGGUUCGAAAUCAUUCGGACCAAUCAGAUUGUCAGGGCGGGCUUUAUACGAUGAUGGACAGAUGAUCAACAGUAACGUAAUCAACUAAGUCAUCAAAGUGCACUUGGGUUGACGUUGUUUUCCACAAACAUGCCUGCCGCUGGAGAGCUGAGAUGUGUAGAUGCUGCCAUUGAGUCUGUUUUGGAGACAUCGACAGCGCAUUAAUUUUGAAAGAGGAACAGAGAUAUGCGAUCAAGGCAUUUGUAGAUUGAAAAGAUGUUUUUGCCGUCCUUCCUACGGGAUUCGGAAAAAGUUUGAUCUAUCAGCUGGCCCCGAUGGUCGCGAAGAAGAAAGGACACGGGAAUGUCGCGUUCCAACCGUGUUAUUAAGUUCUUACAGGACCGACAAAUGCGAUACGAUUUGUUUGAUGUGUUGUGGAGCUGUAAUCCUAAACGGAGAACUUGUUCGUAUGUUCAUUCACCUUUACUGUAACUGACUGCUACACCUGCCACUUUAUGCAUACUGUUUUAUUCUGUUAUUUUGUGUUGGGCUUAUUUUGUUUUACACGUAGCGACUCCCCUCGCAUAAAUACCUGCAGUUUAAGGAGCGGACCAUGUUAAUAGACGCACCAGAUCCCUCGCUUGCGGACCAGUGCAAUAAGACACCUGCCGUACAGCGCCGGCACAAGGAUAGGAACAGGAACAACGACCGGAUGCGGGCUGUGCGGCAUUUGUCAAAAACUAUAGUUUAACACCCCUCGCCAGCGGAACGAGUUGGUCUGAGCUGUGUGGGAAGGUUUCGUUGUGGCUCAUCAUCUCAGUGCAUCAGCUCCUCAGCUCAGUGUGAUGGAGAGAUGGACUGUGACAAUGGAGAGGAUGAGCUCGGCUGUGUGCGUUUAAGUGGGAAGAGCUCUGUGUUGCAGGUCCAGAAAGGGGGUUUAUGGAGGACAGUCUGCUCAGAGGAAUGGAACAACUGGCUUGGUGUCUCUGCCUGCAAGCAGCUGGGAUACACAAGGUAUGUGGAGUCGUUCUUCGUUUCUUUAACAUCCAUUGAGCAAGAACUUCAGCAAAACCUGGUGUCCAUCAGCCUGAAUAAGUCACGGAUCAUCAAACUCCAGAACACCACAACCCUCAGUAAUACUCAGUGCAGCUCAGGGAGGGUGACCACUCUGAAAUGUCUGGAAUGCGGCUCCAGGCCUCAGUACAACACUCGUAUUGUUGGAGGGAACAUCUCAAAAUCGGGUCAGUUCCCCUGGCAAGUCAGCCUCCACUACAGUAGUGAACACCUGUGUGGAGGCUCCAUCAUAACGUCGCGCUGGAUCCUCACUGCGGCACAUUGUGUGUAUGGGUUUGCAGAUCCAUCCAUGUGGGUCGUCCAUGUGGGGCUGACGGAGCAACUAGUCCACGGGGCACAGUCUCUGGCUGUAGAGCAGAUCAUCUACCAUGCCCGCUAUCGGCCAAAAGGACUGGAUUUCGACAUUGCACUGAUGAAACUCACCAUGCCACUUGUUUUUAAUGGCUUUGUGGAGCCCAUCUGCCUGCCUAACCAUGGGGAGGAUUUUGUGGAGGGCACCAUGUGCUGGAUAUCUGGAUGGGGAGCAACUGAGGGUGAUGGAGAAACCAGUGUGUUUCUGCGCUCGGCCAUGAUUCCGCUUCUCUCCACUAAAACCUGCAACCAGCCAGAAGUUUACCAUGGCUUCAUCUCCUCUGGGAUGAUCUGUGCAGGGUAUCUGGAAGGAGGAAUUGACUCAUGUCAGGGGGACAGCGGAGGUCCUCUAGCCUGUGAGGCAUCAUCUGUAUGGAAGCUGGUUGGAGCAACCAGCUGGGGCAUUGGCUGCGCCAUGAGGAACAAGCCAGGUGUUUACACACGCAUAACACAGUCACUCAGCUGGAUCCGCCAACAGAUGGAGAGAGAAGAGGCCCACAUUUCUCCAACUCUGAGUACAGACAACUAAAUACACUGUACUUACAUCUCUGGAUUCUGUCUGGACAGUAUCACACUUAACUAUACACCCAAACUGUGCCACAGCAGAAUGACAGAGCAUGUGAACCAUUACAU